GUUGGCAGCCUAGGGGCGUCAUUGGACAGCGUGCGGCACUUAUGUCGUCCCUUGAACAAGUUCUGUCAUAUCUCGUCGGCCCUCGCUGUCACUCUCCAUGUCUGGACUGUAAAGCGUAAGAACUGCGCUGUUACAGUGUCAUUGGGCACUGCCCCUGAAGUCUUCAACGGCGCCUCGGCCGUCACUGUCUUGCAGGAUUGUGCCGUCAAUCUAUCGCCCCUGGGCACAGACACUGCCAUGCGUUCCCUGAUCGAUUGUCGUGUGAAUUAAUACAUGUGUUUGUUGCCAUGUAGUUUAGUGUCUCUCAUCUCUGGGAAGACCAGCCUUUGAAGUGAUAUUCCGAGAGCUUUUGACCGUGUUGUACUCAUCAGCAUCCUACAGCGUUCAAUCGAGAGUCCUCCAUCAGAAUCGGCCUUCAUACCCACAGCCAUGGCGCUCGAGCCUGGCCUCGAACCCCCCUCGGGGCAGGAGUCGAACUUUGACAACCCCGACCGCCACAUGUUCUACUACUGCAUCGCCGCCAAUGUGACGGGCGUCGCUGUCACGACGGUCUUCAUGGGGCUCCGCUUGUGGGCGCGGCGUCGGUUGAGCAUGAGGCUGCAGGCAGACGAUGUGGCCUGCAUCAUUGGCUACAUUGGCUUUGUGAUCUACUGCGGGAUAUGUCUGCUCAUGCUGAGAUUCGGGGGCGGACUGCACCAGUGGGAUGUCGUGGCGUCGGCUGUGCCUUCAUAUAGCCAGAGUCCUUGUCUGUCCGACCAGGCAGUGUACGCGACCAUGGUGAACUACGGCCCGACGGUGCUCGCGACAAAAGCCGCCAUCCUCCUCUUCCUCACGCGCAUCUUCGCGCCCUACAAGGGCUACGUCGCGCUCAUCUACAGUUUUCUCGGCGUCAUGGCCGUCUACUACACCGUCAUGCUGUUCCUCAAGAUCUUCAUCUGCCGUCCCAUCCCCGUAUUCUGGGGCGAGGGUGAGGGCGAGUGCUUCAACCAGCGUGUGCUGAUCCUGGUGGACAAUGUGAUCAGCCUGGUGAGCGACAUUGUUGUCCUUCUGCUGCCCUGCCCUCUCGCUAAGCAGCUGCAAGUCGGUCUGAUGGCCAAGAUCAAGAUUGCCGUCGUGUUUGGCGUGGGUGGUAUCGCAUGCAUCUUCAGCCUGGUCCGGCUGAUCUUCAUCAUCAACAACGGCAACAGCCCUGACCAGACAUACGUCUUCAUGGAGAUCAAUCUCACGGGUGUCGCCGAGGUGGGCAUUGGACUCGUCUGCGCCACGCUGCCCCUGAUGCCAGCGUUGUGGAAGUCCAUCCGACACGAGGAAAAGGCCGGGUACUCGUCGCAGGCCAACUCCAACUUUGAGAUGUUCGACUCGCACAAGAGGUCACGCAACGCCACGCGCGACCAGACGACCGUCACGUACAACGACCCGAUCGAUAGUGACGAGCACACCCUGAUACCGGGCAAGGGCUAUGUGACGACACAGAUCCAGGGGGGCGGCGAGGGCCCGGCGGAGGAGAGCGCAGGGCCAGACACCCCGGACAGUCAGGGCAGGCCUCGAAUCAUGCGGACCACCGAGGUGAGGCAGACGCAUGAGGACUGA